AAAAAUAAAAAAUAAAAAAAAAUUCAAAAAAAAAUUCCGGCCAUGCGGAGGGGCAGAGCAGCGGCGGCGGCAGCGAGACAAAUUCCGGCGCCGGUACCGGUGGCCGGAGAAAUCAACGGAUCUGGAGGAUCUAAGGAGGUAAGGUUCCGUGGAGUUCGAAAGAGGCCAUGGGGAAGAUUUGCAGCAGAGAUUAGAGAUCCAUGGAAGAAAACUAGAGUUUGGUUAGGUACUUUCGAUUCUGCUGAAGAUGCUGCACGUGCAUACGAUGCAGCAGCGCGUACUCUUCGUGGUCCGAAGGCGAAGACUAAUUUUCCUUCGGAUACGACUAAUAAUAAUAAUCUUCUUCAAUAUGCAAACCAUUUUCAUCAUCACGAAAUGAACGUGAACGUGAACGAUGCUUUGGUGGAUUCCCGAUUAUACCCUCAGGAUCAUCAUCAUAUAAUUUCACAGAGACCUACCUCAAGCAGUAUGAGUAGCACCGUUGAGUCCUUCAGUGGACCUCGACCGCCGCCUCUGCGGCAGGAUACGGCGGCUCCGUCGAGAAAGUAUCCCCGGUCGCCGCCGGUUGUUCCAGAUGAUUGUCAUAGUGAUUGUGAUUCUUCGUCUUCAGUUAUCGAUGAUGGUGACGGCGAAAAUGACAAUGUAAACAUUGCUUCUUCGUCUUUCAGGAAGCUGUUGCCUUUCGAUCUAAACUUUCCUCCACCGAUGGAUGAUUCAGUCGGAGAUGAUGCAUAUGCAGAUGCAGAUGAUCUUCAUUGCACAGCACUAUGUCUCUGAUAAAUUUGAUGGUUUGAUUGACUCCACCUAUUCGCUUACCUUACCUAGUUUUUUUUGUUUUUUGGGUGAAGAUAAAAAAAAGCAAAAAAAGAAAAAAAAGAAAAGAAAACCAUAGAGAUAAGCUAAACUAUGUCUACUAUGUGUUAUCUGUUGUUGGAAGAGAAUUCACUUGUUUAAUUUAAUUCCUCAUAUUUUAUAUAAUGGGAUUUCAUAAUA